CGUGUGAAUGGAGGAUUGUCAAAUAUCUUCAACCAACUUUCAAGAAUGAGUGGCUGGGCGAAGAAGACAACCCCCAUCAAACUGCAGGGCUUCGCCUUUGCAGGGCGGAAGACCAGGAAUGAACGGGAGGAACAGAAGAAGAAGGAAGAAGAGCGACGUCAGCGAGAAGAAGAGGCAGCAAAACGCGCGUUCCAAGAGUUUGCGCGGGACCAUGGCGCAGCACCCGAUAUGAACAGCGCCUUUGAGACAACCAAGGCUUCAAAGCCUGCCUCCACAGGGUUUCGCAUGAGCAUGAAAUCGAGCAAGCCGCAGCCAAAGCGCGCCAAGCUUGUAUUGGCCAGCAAAGUCAAGCCCGUUAACGUCAGCGACAUCUUCGGCGGUGACGACGAUGACGGCGAGGAGGAAGAGGCACCCAAGGUGGAAGAUACACGCUCCACAUUCCAGAAGAACAGUAACUUGCAGCGCUUCAAGGAGGCCCUGAAACAGUCCCAGGAGGAGCGGAGUGCGCGCGGGGAGGACGCGAUACCGCCGCCCGUGGACACGACGCCAAAGCCGAUGCAAACCACCAACCUCUUCAUCUCAGGCCUGCCCAUGGACUUCAACGAGGACAAGCUCGCCAUGAUGUUUGGCAUCUUCGGGCCGCUCGCCAGCGUCAAGAUCUACUGGCCGCGUGUCCCCUCGGACUACAAGGGGUACCUCACCGGCUUUGUUGCGUACAUGACGCGAAAGCACGCCGAGCGCGCCAUGACAUCGGUCUUGCGUAAGGGCAUCAACGGCCUGGAGCUGACGGUGGAUUGGGGCAAGCCUGUGCCAGUGCCGGACCGCCCGUUCUACGUGCACCCGGAGGCGGCGCCGCUCGACACGACGGGGCUGCCGUUCAAUGCGCAGAUGCGCGACACAUACCGCGCCGGCCCACACGACUCGCGCAAUGACGCAAUCUACGACGCCGUCGUCAAGGUGGUGAUCCCGAAGGAGCGACGCAUCCGGCGCCUCAUCCACCGCACCAUCGAGUUUGUCGUGCGCCACGGACCCGAGUUUGAGGAUGAGCUCGCCAAGCGCACAAACUUCGACAAGGACUUUUCGUUCCUGCGCGACUUCUCCUCGAGCGAACACGUCUACUACCGGUGGAAGCUCUACUCAAUCUUGCAAUAUGAGCGGGUUGACGAGUGGGACGAGGAGCCGUAUCGUCUGUACAGCGGCGGAUCGCUCUGGCAGCCGCCACUCGUGGACGGCGACGACGACGACGUCGAGAGAGGGAAGCUCUCAGGAAGGGACCGGGACCGGCUGGAGGACCGCGUGUCGGAGCUGACGGCGGACGCAGACGAGAUUGCAGAUGUCAUGCACUUUGCAAUCACGCGCGCAGACGCAGCGCAGGAGGUGAUGGAUGUGAUCACAGAAUCGCUGUCGGAGCUUGACACGCCGCCGCCGCUGAAGAUUGCCCGCCUGUAUCUUGUCUCGGACAUCCUUCACAACAGCAUGGCUGGCGUGGCCAAUGCCUCCAUGUACCGCACCGGAUUUGGGCGCCGGUUGCCGGACAUCUUCCACCAUCUCCACCGCACGUACCGCGCCAUCCGCGGUCGACUCCGCGCAGAGCAGUUCAGGAAACAAGUGCUUGUGUGUUUGGAUGUGUGGAAGCAGUGGGCCAUCUUCACCCUCGAUUCUCUCGACGAAAUGGCAAAAAUCUUCCAGCACGGCCGCAAGGAGGAGAAGGAAGCAGAGGAAGAAGCCGCAGCAGCAGCAGCAGCAACAGCAGCAGCAGCAGCAGCAGCAGAGGCAGCAGCAGCACAGCAGGAAGGCGAGCAGGCAGGUGCCGGUGAAGGGGAGGGCGACUUGGACGGCAAACCAAUGGAAGAGGUGGAGGAGGAGAACGACGAGGACGAAGAUGAUCUUGAUGGCAAACCGAUGGAUGAUGACAGUGAUGAUGAUGAUGACAGCGAUAUUGAUGGAAAGCCCAUGGAGGACACAGACAGCAGCGACGAUGAUGACGACGGUGGUGGUGAUGGUGAUGAUGGCCGUGAAACCAAGCGGGCAAGACACAGCAAGGGUGGUGAUGGUGAUGGUGGCGACGAUGAUGAUGAAGUGGAGCUUGACCAGCGUGCACGGGAGGAAGAGAGGAUUUGGCUGUACGGCGAAAGCGCGGAGGAGGUGAAUAAGUCCAGACCACAACAGCAACAACAACAGAACGACAAGAAGGAGGGCGAGGAUGACAUGUUCUCGUGACGCCACUGAGGCGGACAUGUGAUUAUGGUCGUGGGGUGUCUGUUGGUCGUGUGGUGUCUGUUGAUCGGUUGAACCUCUUCUUGUGCAUCGCAGUACAUCAAAUGGAAUUUGAAC